AUGUUUUCUGACUCUUCACCAGAGCAGAUCAGCGUUUCCUCUGGAAAAAAUCCAGGAUCCGUGGGACGGUCCACUGUAGUGUCCCUUUUGGACUGGUUCCUUCUGGACGGGAAGCUCAUACUGGUCAUGGAAAGGCCAGUCCACACCUGUGACCUCCACAAGUACCUGCAGGACAAAGGAUGCCUGGAGGAGCGUGAGGCAAAGAUGAUCCUGAGGCAGCUGGUAGACGCAGCCAUGGACAUGCGCUGCAAAGGCGUCUUUCACGGGGACAUGACGCUGCAGAAUGUCCUGCUUGAAUUCAGCGGUUGGGUACCAAGAGUGCGUGUUAUCAACUUGGGCUGUGGCACCUUCUCCACUGAGUCCAGUCAUUGCUCCUACAGUGGUACCCCUGCAUUCGCCCCUCCAGAGUGGUUUUUAAAUGGGAUGUACUGUUGCGGUCCAACCACUGUCUGGCAGCUGGGUGGUCUUUUCCAUUCCAUGCUUAAUGGACAGGGACGUUUUUCAACCCCGACCAUCAUGUACAAGGGUGCUGACAUUAGCCGUAAGCUGUCCGCAGACUGCAAGAUGUUAUUAGACAUGUGUCUGGCCAGAGACCCAGCACAGCGAGCCACUCUGGAGGAGCUACAGGCCUGCCCUGCCCUCAGCCGACACUGA